ACAGGUAUAAUUGUAUUAUAUGUUUAGUGUUGUCGGGUGUCGAGCACUCGAGCGCGUCCCAACAUUAAAAAAAAAGUGAAUCAUUCGUCCGACAAUCGACGCCGUUCAUCGACAUUAUUAUUUUAUAAAAUAAUUCAUUCAAAAAGUACUUACAUUCAUUUAUAUAUCUAUAAAAACAAUAAUAAUAUCAAAGUUUAUUACUAAUUAUAAAUUGUUAUUGUUGUUGGAGUAUUGGAGUCGGUGUAAAAGUGUGUGAGAGUGAGGAGGAUAGUAUCGAUUUGCCAGGGGUUCAAGUUAACGGUUUAUUUACAUGAGCUAAUGUUGUAUAUCUCUGCGCAUGCGCCCCCAGACCAAAACAAUAAUAACAGAGUGAAAAGGUUCAUGGCUGGCAGCAGCAGCAGCAACCAGAGCAGCAGCAACAGCAGCACUAGCUCAAGCUUUUAAGAACAAGACCUCGGCUGGCUCCAUUUAUAUAUUAUAUUAUAUCAAUAUCAAUAUAAACUAUUACAAUAUCAAAAGAUUACGCCGUCGUCUAAUUAACACAUAAAUAUAAACAAAACAUUAAUUAAAUAUUAUUAUUAUUGUUGUUAUUAUAAGUGAGUUUAAUAAAAUAAAAAGUGUGAAUGUUUAUUUUUGUGAAGCAAUAACAGUUGAGUGUAACGUGUCCAAGCACAGCCAUCUAACAAUAUACAAACUUGAAAACAAAUACACACACACAUUAAUUAAUUAAUUUUUUUGUACUCUGUGAUUCGACAUUUUUCCACUGUUUAUCAAUUAUUAAUUCCAAGUUAAUCGAAUAAAGUUUAUUACUAUUGUUAUAAUUAUUUAGUUGAGUUGGUGUGUAAACAACCUUAAGACAAUUUAAAUAAAAUAAUUUGAUGGACGUGUUACUUUCUCCAAUUGGUUUGUGAGAUUGUAAGUACGUGAAUAAUAUCAACACAAAACAUAUCACGCGUUUUCGCCGGGUGAAUCACGCGCACACUCAAUUGAUUACGCAUAGCUGGAUGUGUUUAUAUACUGGUAAAUACGUUAUUGACGUGUUAACUCAUCAGACCUGAAAAGAUAACAUUGAGCAAGUUUUGAAGCAUCUGCCAGUCAUUCAAAAAUUUAAGCUGAGUCAGCAUACCAUUAAUAAUAAUAAUAAUAAUAAUAACAACAAUAACAAAAGGAACAAGACGCCGAAGGACAUUAAGCCAAAGACUACAUACCUCGGUUUCCUUAAAUUUGGGUAGAAAUAUUUUAAAAAUAAUAAAAUUCAGGUAUACGCAUAAUAUUAUUUAGUACCUAAGCAAUACUACCUGAAUAGUAUAUUUAAAAUAAAAUACAUAACGGAGAACAAUAUGCCGAGUACGGACGAGAAAACGACGCCUUAUUUAAUUCAAGUAAUGCCAGAAACUCAUUACCGAACUUUAGAUGUCGAUCUAUUGGUAUCCCAGAUAAAGAAAAGCUUACGGUUUACGAACCUCAAGGCUAAGUCGAGCGUAAGCUCACACAAACCAAGAUCAUCGCCGUAUCUGAUUCCAUCACGCAUCGAAAGACAGGCCUAUUUCCACAAUCAAAAUAACGACAAUAACAGCAAAACCGACGAAGAUGAUCCCUAUGAAAAGUUACGAGAACUGAUAAAACAGGGCCGGCUUAUCAAGGAAGCCGUAAAAAAACUACAGAUGAUGAACUUUGAAAAUUUGUCAAACAAUACGGACAGCGAUGACCAGGAUCGUCAUGACGACGACGACGAUGAUGAAAAUACACAUCAUCGUACUUUCCGGAGAAAAACAUUUUACUAUGACUCCGAGGAUGAGCCCUUGCCGGCAGUGUAUGACUCUCUAGAUCUUUGAGUUUAUUUGUAAUUUGUACUAUCAGUGUAUGCGUGCUAUAAAUUACAAACUAAUUAUUAAUUUAAUUAUAUUACCAUAAUAAUGAUGAUGAUUUAAAUAGUAUACGAAAAAAAAAAGUAAAGAAAAAGAAAAAUAAAGUUGCUGUGAAUAAUUCGCGUUAUUGAAGUGCGGAAAUUGGCUUGGAUGAACGAUGAGUUACUAACGAAAUCGUAUUUCUAUCGUUUACUCACCAAGUAUCUCUCUCUCUCUCUCUCUCUCUUACUCUACAAGUUCCUCUUUAAUCUGCUCACACACCUCUAUUCCCCUGUUCCUGUCUCACUCUUUCCUCCUCAACCUCAUCCUUCUCUUCCACCUACUUGUGCUUUCCGCUCGGUCAUAUUUGCCAUUGUAGUCGCGCUGCCUGGUACCAUGUAUCCGACAAACGUACAAAUAUAUACAUAUACAUACAUAAUACGCUUACAAACAUUGAUUUAUUAAUAUAUAUAUAUAUAUAUUUGUACAUGUAGUACGUUACAACAAGCUGAUACAUUUAUAUAUUUUGAGGCCAUACUGAAGAACACAAGUUAGUCGUCGCAACACAAUUAGGCACUCUGCUGAACUCUUCCUUAAAUGGACAUGUUUGUAAAUAUUAUUGAGCUAUAUUUAUGUUCAUUUUUUUUACGCUUAAACAAUUAUUACGCUUGGUGUCGGUAGUAGUCGUAAUAGUAGUAGUAGUAGUACAGUAAAUAUGUAAUAGGCGUACUCAUUAUCUCAUUGCAUAUACUUAUAUCAACUUAUACAUGAGAAAACUUUCAAGCGUAAGAUUUAUUUAAAAUUUUGUCUAACUCAAUUUCACACGACACCAUUAUUAUAUGAAAACAUCUGUGUUUGCAAUGUUUUACAAACGCUGUUGGUGUUUUGUCGAUUAGACAUUCCACGUAUUCGUCAUCGGCUCCAUUACCCCAUACUGAGUAUUCCGUUAGAAUAUAAUAUACAUAAUUAUAUUUUAUCCCAAGUAAUAAAUUUAUAAAAAUAUUUUUAAUUUAUUUAUUUAAUUAAUGGAUGAGGUGAAGAAAAAAAAAAAAAAAAAACGUAAAUAAAUAAAUAAAAGAAAUGAUGACUAGUCUGAAGUGUUGAAGUAAGUUAUGUAAGCAGUAGAUCGAUGAUACACGUCUCAGCAAACUUGUUCAUUCUUGACAUCGAUACCCGUCCGAUAUUAUUAAUGUAGUUCUGAGAAUGCUGUAUACAUAUACACAUAUAUAUAAGUUUUGUGUUAAAAGACGACUAGACUAACAUAAACGCUAUUCUAUUCUUGUAAAUUGUUGGUAUGGUAUAUAGAGUGUACACGUAUAUAGAAUUCUAGUGUCUAGCAGACACACUUGAUACCCCCAGGCAUGUACAUAUGACCGCGGAGAUUGCCUAUCUAAAGAGUUUGUCAAUAAAAUAGCAGGCAAGUUAAGGGUGAGAGAGUUUUUCAGAGAAGUAAUUAAAAAAAAAAAAAAAAAAAUAAGUUAAGUUAAGAAAUAAAUAAUAGUAAUAAAACAAUAGUUUGCUGUGCAUGUUUUAAUGCAUAGACUUCUUGUGUACCAAUUGAUGAUCGGUUCAAAGGGCGAUUUGGUGUUGAGAAUCUUUGGUUGUUAUACCAGGCUGGUAUAGAAACACCUGUUAAAAAAAAAUAAAUAAUUAUAAAUUGUCUGUAUAUAUAAAAAAAUAUAUAUAAAUUGGUUGUAGUAACGAUGAUUUAUAAAUUGUUAAUUUAAAUGAUGGCUUGUAAGAGAAAAAAUAAUGAAAAUAUGUAAAUCAACACCUUGAAUAGAUAUUGUUGACACAACUGUUGAUAUUUAUAGCUAAUAAAUAUUCAGAGUUGCGUGAAUUGACGUAAAGUACGUUUUUAAAAGCAUCAGCACCGCCUCGGUAACCUGGUCUAGUGUAUAUCAUUAAUUAACCAGUUAGAUGGUAACAAUUAGUAAUGUUUUAGUUUAUUUAAUUCGCCAAUUUCCAAAAGCUGAACCUAUUAUUAUUUUUUUUUUAAUUAUCGAAUUUAGUUUAGUUUAUUAUUAUUAAUAUUUUUCCUAUGUUAAGUAAUUAAUUAAGUUAGUAAGUAAGUAAGUAAGUAAGUAAGCAAGUAAUGAAUGAUUGUUGUAUGUAAUUUUUUUUUAUGAUGUGAAAAUAAUGCGUGAUAUCUUUUUUUCUGUUAAGAUCUUACAUAAUAAAUUUAACGAACAAUAUCUUGUUGUGAUCGUCAAACGUGUUCUCGUUUGGCAUUUGUAAUAAUAGAUGAUGAUGAUGAUGAAAAAGAAAAAAAAAUAAUAAUAAUAUUCCAAGUUUCAAAA